AUGGAUUAGAUUGACAAUUUUAGUAUGGCAAGCAUUAAUGAAAAAGAAAUUGAAAAUAAUUUGAAAGACUUAUUGGAAAGAGUUUUGCUUAACAUUGAGAAAUUUAUUGAAACUAAGGAGGAACUGAAUUAAGUGGAAGCUGAAUUAAAAGACUAUGAAAGUUUAACUCAUUUGAUUGGCAUAAUCAAGGCAGUCUUUACAAACCUUAUGAUGAAAGUAGAAAAGAAAAUAUCCAAAUUAGAAAAAUAAAUUGAUCCGAACCAUUCAAUAACCAAAAGUUUGAGGUCAGAUGAAGAAUAUGAAAAACUAGAACAAACUCUAAUCAAAUAUGAAAGUGAGAUCAGAAAUCAUAUAAGAAUUGAAUAAUAACUUAAGUUAUAUGCUGAGUCUAUUCAAAGUAAAUUGGAUGAAAGUGAAUCGAGUAGAGCUGAACUUCUAGAAACCACCAAAAAGUUAAUUAGUAAUUUAAAAAGAGAAAAUUAAUCAUAUCAUGAAACUUAGCAGAAAUUGAACAUAGAGAUCGCUAGUUUAAAAUAGGUUAUUAAUAAUUUAGAAAAGGAUAAUAGGAAGAAAUCCUUGGAUUUAGGAUAAAGAGAUUACUUAAAGAAAAAUCAAUAACCAAUUAUCCAAUAAUUAUAAUUGUAAAAUCAAAGGAAUUAAAAAUCUUAUUCUGAGCAUAAAUUAAAUUCUCAAAUUAAUCAUACUUCUAAUACCCUUGAAACAAAUGAAAUACCAAUCAAAUCAUAGCAAUCUUUGAAAUAAAACUAUUACAAUAUAAUCAAUUAUGGACAUUAAGGGAAUAAAGGCGAUGUCUUAAAAGUUAUAUAACAAAAAGAUUUGAACAAAAUAUACGGUUAAAAAUUGAAAAGCAAAAAUAACUCACUCUCUACUAUUCAAGAUCUAAUCCAAAGUGUUUCUGUUUAGGACAGAAAAAAAGGAAUUAUUAGCUAACCAGUUUCAAAAAAUAGCUCAUAAAAUAAUAGUUAAAUCUAGAAAUACAAAGAAACAUGCGAUUAGAGUAGAAGUAAGAGUUCUAGAAGAGCAAAUAUAGGAACUAAGCAUAUUUAAAUAGAAUCUCAGAUUAAAUUAACUAGCUGA